GCAGCCGCGCCUACCCGGGCCCGGAGGGCGGGAGCCCCGCGGCCCCAAGCCCCUGUUCUUCACGCUGCCGGACAUCGGCGAGGAGCGGGCGUCGGACGGCGGCUCGGAGGACGGCGCGGACGGAAGAGGACUAUCAGAAAGACCUAGAAAGCACAGUUUUGCUGUGAAAAACAAAGACCCUUUGCCUCCAUAUUUUACAAGAAAUGUGCAGAAAGCCAUUGAUAAAUAUACCAGUGACUCCCCAUCAUCGUUCUCGUCCAGUGGGAGCUGCACACCCACAGAAGCGCACAACUCGUGGGCGGGGUCUUCAACGCAGAGUUCCACUACUGGCUUGUCUACAGAGAGGAGCUCGAUUUAUUCUUGGAGGGAUGAUGAAUUUGAUAGAGCCAGUGCCCAGAGAGUGCAACAGUUGUUUUGGGAGGUGGAGGAAAUGCUGUUUGAAGGGAAAGUGGGUGCGCAGACCCAAAACCUCCUGGCGGAGUGCAGUGAGUGGGCCGGCAGAUCCCACCAUCUGAGAGUAUUAGGAAGACAGCUCAUCCUGCCGACUGAUGAAGGCUUCCAACACUUCCAGGGCAGCCUGCCAAGUUCUGCCAGCCACAAACGCUUAUCUGAUGCCCCUGAACCCAACAGCAACAUCGGAGCGCUGUGCAUCUCCGGCUCUCAGAUAGUGCCUGCAGCACUCGAAGCCUCUGUCCUGCCGAGCUCAGACGGCACAGGGAUUGCCAGCCACGUGGCAUGUUCAUGCCUGGAAGAAGAGGUUUAUGGUAUGGAUGGGAAGAUUGAAGAGUAUUUUGCUUUUGACAGAAAAGAAGAUGGUGAUGAACAUCUUGAACACAAGCCAACUCACUCUGGCAGGAAAUGGGAUAAACACAGACUUCCUCCCAUCUCCCCUCAUGACUGCAUCAAAGACACUGUGGCAGCAGAAGUAUUCGAUCAUGUUUGGAAAAAUGUGGUAGAAAUAUUGGAAGAACUAAUUCGGAAGAACUGGGAAACUACGCUUACAGACGGAAAAAAGCAGAAAGAAAAAUUGAAAGCAGCUGAAAGUAGAUCUCCACAUGUGCUCAUUCCCCGCAGCAGCACAGAUAUGCCAAGUGUUCCCCCAUCCAGAAGUUCUGAAACUCGCUGUGUGUCCCUGGCUUCACAACUGAAUCCGUCUCAGAUUCAUCGCUUCUCCAAUAAUUUCUAUAGUGAUCUGAAUGGUGUGAUGACAAUUCAAGCAAAACCUCUUCAGCAGAGACCUACCUACUUUUCAGAGAGAGCACAGAGUGAGCAGGAGGACAAACCAUCCGCUGGAGGGGCCAGUGCCCUUUCCUCUGCUCGCCACCGGGUGGUGCGGACUUCAGAUGGGAGAGGAUUACAGAUUUCUGCCAACAAAACAGUUGUGCAUAGGAGGCUGCCUUCUCUUAUGUCAGAUUCACUGAGAAUAAAAACCCCCAAUGUGUACAGUGAUGAAAUUCUUAGAGGAAUAAAACUGCAAACUGGUGUAGACUACUUGUCUUCCCCUCCGGUUCAAACUUCCCGGAGCCGGUUGCCCCCAAUUGGCUCAGACUCUGGGGAGCAGAACACAGCAUUUUCUGGAUCCCGCUCUGUAUCCCACAGAGGAAGGCAUCCACAAGACCGGGUGUUAAGUGCCGUGCCUGACUGCGUAGAGCGAUCGCCUCUACGAGAGAGAACCAUUGCCCUGGAGCAGCUUUCAAGGCCCAGCACAACUCACACCUUCCGGUUGGAUACACCUCGAAAAGGUUCACUGACCCUGAUGGAAUUUGCCCAUCACACGUGGACAGGUCAGAGUGUUUUGACAGGUUCGCAGUACCUUCCUAAAUCUUUUCAGAGGACGACUUUGGCUUCAAGAAAGAGGUUCCAAGUGCCAUCUUGACAUUUCUUCACGGGAGCUAUGGACUUACUGGAACAUUCUUAACCUCAGCAUUUACCACUUGAAAAGUUGAAGAACAAGUAUUAUGCUACUUAAGUUUGUCUGACAGUCUGAGAUAUUAGACUACCUGAGAGAACUAAAUUUAAGUGCUAACAAGCAACUUAAUUUUGAACACUUUGCCCUGCAGAGAGAAUAAAGGUCGGACUCACUAAUCUAUACUGAAAGCAUUCUUGAGAUUUUUCAGGAUUUACUGAGAAUAUAAUAAUGUGUGUUUAAAUUCCCUCACUUUAUCAGUUGUACACACAAUUAGUGUGUUCAUGUACUCACACACUAGCAACAUGUAAGAGUAUAUUAUCUAGAUAUACUCCAUUUGGGAAGUUUUUACUUCAAUGUAUAUUUUGAUCUAACUCUCUUAAUAAUUCCAUAAAAACCCUAAACAAGGAUAUCACUUUCUUUAUAAAAGCGUAAAGUCAUAUCAUGUUCUUUAUAAAAGAGUAAAGUCAUAUUUGAGACAAUCUAUUUGAAAAAGAUUCUGGUAGCUCUGGUCAUUGUGCUGAUUAUCUUAUGUGUUUUCUAAAAAGUGUUUCGGUUAUGAAACCACUUUGAGAAGUGUCAGUGGCUAAUUCCCCUAAGCCAGUUGUGUUUUACUAGUGUUCAUUUUUAAACCAGCCAAUCCAUUUAAAACUACUUUACAUUUAUUGAUUUUUAUUUUUUUCAGAUUUAAAUGUUUUAUUAGUACAUGGUUGCACUGCAUAAUGAUUACCUUCCAUAACCACAUGUAUUGAUUUUUAAAGCUGAAGAUAAACAUCAUUAAAAUCCAUUGCAUGUGGUUUCAUCUUUAUUAUUUCAAGGAAGUGUCCCUCUGGAUGGCAGUCUACAGCAGCACUGUCUUUCUAUCACAGUCUAGAAAGAGACCUUUAAACGCUUUUUUCUUAAAACAGCAGCUUCCUUCACUCUCUGUCCUGGGUGUACUUCUUCAGAGGAAGCUUCUGUGUCUGACACUACAUAGCAAAUGGAACGGAGGGAGUAAAGGAGAAAAAUCACUUGAACACCAGGCUCAUGUAUCAUGAUAUAGGUCUUUAGAUUUGUUUUGAUAUUCUCACAUCUCAAAGCAGCAUAAUUUUUCUCCAUCACAUAUUUAUGCUUUGUUGAUCUGAUUUCCAUCAAUCCAAAUCAAAAAUUUAUAUACACAUAUAAGUUAUUUUCAGACCCAUUUCUGGCUGUAAGGACAGGGGUUUAUUGUUUAUUUAUAGAUGUGUGGAAAUGAAAAGGUAUACUGAGAACAUAAUUAGCAUUGUCCUUUAUCAUAGUGACAAAAUAAAAAUGAACCCAUAGUUUGCCUGCACUGGCUACUUUCUCCUUUACAUUCUCCACAGCAGUGGAACCUGUCUGUGAGUGGAAACACCCAGACCUCUCUGAAUCGCUAAAAUGCCUUAACUCUAGGGAAUGUGUCCAGUGCUUAGUCGUCCACACCAAGUAAAUCCAAGCACUUGGGAAUUCUUUAAAUUAUUCCUUAACAUUAGCAAUGGUAACUUUUAAGAGAAAACACCCAUUCUGAUAGAGCAGUUUUCCAGUCUGAGGAAUUUCUAGACAGGUGAGCUGUCUGAAGAAUCUGUACCUUGGGCCCCGGUUAGUUGUUCUCUGGUCCGUUAUUGCUGCUAAAAGAACCAUACACUCUGCUUUCUGCCAGCUGUUCAAGCCACUUUGUAGUUUUCAGGCACCAUCCGGCUGCUUCCCUACGGAACCCAAACCUCAAAGAGAUCCAGAGGGCUAGAGGCAGCCUGACCUGAACAACAGGGAGGAGUGAAUCUGUUUAGAUCACUGAAAUCCAAUAAUUGCUUUGCUUUGGUUGGUUUCAGAGGUUUGCAGUUAAGAACUUAUUGCUUAUACAGUGGCAAAAACUGAAAAAUAGAAGCAGGUACAAAGAUCUUAAAUUUUAUCUUCUAAAUAUUUUGAUUUUAAGAUAAACUACAAUUAGAGAUUUUGUAAGAACUUGACUCUCUUACUGAUUCCAGAAGUGACCUCAUAGCUUUUUUCUCACUUUUGUCAAAGUUUUUAUUCAUACAUUAAAUGAGAUUUAGGGGUUACUAAAUAAUGCUUAUAUCAAGGAUGGUAUUUUUUAAACUAAUACAAAUAUUAAGGCCAUGUGUUCAUAAAAACCUACUUUGAUAAAUGAGCCAUAUUUCAGAGUUUGUGUUAAGAACUGUAAAAAGCAAACUUAAUUAGUUCUCAUAUCAAUUUUUGAAUUCAGAUUAGUGGCUGCAUUCAUUAAAAUAUCCGUUAAUUUGUCCAAAACCAAAGAACAAAUAAAAGACUUUAAAAAUAAUCUAGGAAAAUGUAAAGUAUCAUACAAAAAUUGCUAAAUUUUAUAAACAGUAUAAAAAGACAUAUCUAUAUUAAUGUUAUUCUGAACUAGAAUGGAGUUCUAUAUAAAUUGAGAGAUACAUUUUUAUAAUUAAAUCAUUUGGCUAAAUUUUAUGUUGUCAUUGUUUUCUUGUAACUUCAGAUCAUUGUUCAGGAUUCUUACUUUUUAAUAAAAUACAAAAAUGUUAAAGUUUUCAAAAAUUAA